AUGACGUCAAUAUUCAAACCUCGUCCUGGGAAGUCCAGUAUUCUGGCAGAGAAGUCUAAUAUUCCCAGUGCUGAAGAGCUCACCAAGAAUAAAUUCUAUUGUGUAUCACGGUUGCCAGGAUUACCCAGUGUUUUCAAAACCACCUCCUUUUCCAAUGCCUAUUCAGAUUCUGAAUCAAAUUAUGCAGUUGUUGUCAGUGAUGAAUCAAUCUACGUAUGGUGUUACAAAUCAAUUGAUACGUCUCCCCUUUCCAUUCAUUUCCCCAUCGACAAAUCAUUGUUUGAAUUACCAGUGGCUAUUUUAACUCGUCCAUCAAGUGGGACGGAUCAAGAUCCAGGUCUUUUGAUGGUUGACUCAAUUACAGGGCUAAUUAAAUUUUACGAAAGUGUUCAACAUGCACCAACUUUGGGAUUGAUCAAUGAUAAGUCAUUAGAAUUACAAAUGAAUCUUCAACCAAAUGAACAUAUAACAUUGGUCGAAAAUGUUGAGCCAGCGGGAAUAGCUGUGGCAACUUCGCUACAAAGGUGUAUCCUCAUCUCACUCAGGGAUUACAAAAGUAAACCGCACUUGUCAACGAUAGAAUUGGCCAAUCCGCACAAGGGUUUCCUUUCGAAAUUUUUUAGACAUAAUGAAGGUGAUAUCGUGGCAAUAAGAUCUGCCAAAGUGGAGAACAACGACACAUCACAGGUUAUUAUUAUUUUGGACUCAGUUGGCUCAUUGUACUCAGUGACUUAUCAUUUGUUGUCAUCAACAGCAGCCCCAUAUGUUGACAAGUCCUCCUCGUUCAAGCAAACAUUAUCCAUUGACCCAGACACCUACCCCGGCAGUGGACCUGCAGCAAAGUUUUUAGACAUUUGGCCGAUGAAAGAUGACAAUUACUUUCUUGCCUUGGUACGAUCGAGCGAUGCUAUAUUGUUAGCAACGUUUCGUGCUGAUAAAUCUGGUGCGCUAUACUAUGGCUCCCAUCAUUUGAAAACUAAUGAAAUCAUCACAACGACACCACGGCUAUUCUUACCCAGACCUGGAAAAACCGCGUUUGUUAUUAUUGGUAACUCAGUUAUCAUGACGGAUUUGGAUACGUCUUACAUAGAGCCAAAAGAUACCUUUACAUACACAAAACCACGUUGGGAGGACGUAAUCAGAUUCAAUCCUGCGACAAAUGCAAUAGGGUUUGGAUAUGAAAAUCGAAGCGUGAAUGCAAACCCGUCCAUAAUAGUUAUUACUGAAAAUUAUGGUGUUUUGAGAGUGGAAAAGUUCCCGGAAACUUCCAAAAAGGAGAUCAACUAUGAUCAAGCUUCGCUUGUAAAAUCACACAUUGAACAAGCAAUAUUCUUUUCUGAUUCUAUGGAGAUUGAUUUUGAUUUGAUACAAAAAGUUGAUAGAUCAGUGGUACACAAUGUUGUUAACUCUAUCAUGAAAGAAGUCAUGACUUCGUCGUCGCCUUAUUUACCUGAUACGCUUCCGGUGACAACGGACUUGACUCAACUAAAGGUGAAGAUCUUGACUGAGUUGAUUGCGUUUUGUCAGCGCAACUUCUCCAACGAUGCACCCAUGAUUGCUGAAGUAGUUAAGAAUUUGGAAAAGACAAACUGUGCUUUGAACUUGUGGAAAUACCUUGAUGCUAAUGAGGCGUACAUGAACGAAUUUAAGAAGGUUUUGCCUGAACCAAGACAGUUUUUCAUUUCAGAAAUUGAAAAUAUAGGAGAGGUAUUGGCCUCGUUCAUCGGCCGAUUAAAAGAAACCGCCCUUUCGACCUCCUCCUUGAUAGUGAGUACCCUUUAUGACGGCGUGUAUUUGAACAGUGUGAGGUAUAGUGGUGGAGUUGGAAAGUUGUGGUUAUUCGACACUGACUUACUCAAGAAUGUUGAAUCACAAUUUACGCAAGCAUACGUUGUUGGGAAUCACAAUGAUAAACACGAUGCGUUUUGCAUUGUUCAACUCUUGUACUAUUUCUUUACCAAGGCUAUAAAGUUCACGAAGGAUCAAAGAAUCGAUGAUAAGUAUCAAGAGUAUAACAAGUUGUAUGAGGAAAAGAAAAACGGUUGGACAACUGCAUUAUUAAAGUUGGGAUUAAUAGAGGAAGCAACGGACAUUGCAGACAAAUAUCAUGAUUUUGCAUCCCUUGCGAGGAUAAUGGAUACACAGAGAGAGACAAGAUCAGUCGAAGAUUUGAACUAUGGGUUCUACUUUGAAGAAUUUGGGUAUCCGUUUGCUGCCAGUGUUUACGAAUAUUAUAUUAAGAAAAAUGAAAUUCAAAAGUUGUUGUUGGAGUUUAGCAAUUACAAGCCUUUUCUUUUAAAAUUUUUUGAGGAGAAUCCAAAAUUGACAUCGAAUGUUUCAUGGAUACGAUACUUGGUUGAUGGAAACUUUACACAAGCAUCAAAAGCGUUGGGCUUGGCUGAGUCAUACAAUUCAGAACUGAUUGAUAAUCAGUUAACACAGCUCUCUUUGGGUAAGCUAUCAGCAGAAGCAGCUGGCUCUCACACCGUGAAGGAGUUUAAUGAUGAAUUAAUGAAAGUUCGCUAUCAGAUUGUGAUACGAAAUGCUGUUGCAGGGGAUGGGAGAAUCGCUGCUAUCAAGCAAACAAACUUUGUUGAUCACUUCAUCAAUGCCAAUAUCAGUAAAUCAAAUGCUAAAUCCCUAGCAGCAAACGUGUUUGAUGCAUUGGUUGAAAACUAUCGAUUGCCAGAGCUGUUAUUAAUUGAAUUAUUGACGAUUAUUGAACCAAAGUUUUUGACCAACAAUGGCUUUGUAUACGCUUUGAAAGUGGCACAAACAUUUUCAAAUGAAGAGGUUGUUCGCGAGUAUAUCAAUAUUAUAUUAUUACGUCUAUUAACAUUGGGCACGGAAGCUAAGUACAACACUAAUGGCACCGACGAGGAGAUCAAACGUGAAGUUGAAUCAAGUUUAUUGUUCAAAACUCUUCUGAAGCAGCCACACGUCAUCACUCAUUUAAAUCAGCUAUUGCAGAACGUUGAAUUAAGUGGUAGCUUGAAUCAACCUUUAUCUGAUUUUAAUAAUGGCUUGCUUGACAAGUUGAGAAAAAGACUCAACAAUGAUUCUUUCAAGAUAUGGGUGCAUUUAGUCGAAGAACAAGCCAAAAUCAUCUUAAUUUGA